AUGUGCGCCGAGGUCAUUGCAAGUCAUUCUAUGCUCCACGCCCUUCCCAAUGAAAUCCUCACUCUUAUCUUCAAUCACUUGUUCGACGAUCAGCGCCAGCAAGCUGAGCUGGAUAAUGAUGUUCGCGAAUACGACCUUCCAACCACCUACUCAACACUCUACGCUUUAGCGCGCACCUGUCGCAGUCUGUCUCAUGUCACAAGGGACAUUCUCCGUCAGAAAUGCGUAUGGGAAUCCCGGCACCCGGUCGGACCUUUCGCACAACGAGCACAGACCGAGCGGUAUCAUGGUAAAUAUCCAGAAUGCAGGCACAUAGAGGUGUUGAGCGAUGCUAGGUGGGAUGGAAGGUCAUUUUACGAUGGACUGGCAAAAGAAGAGCUCAAGGCAGCUUUGACGACCCAAGGAGAUUGGCCAGAGAAUGUAUGGGAAAUACUUGAGAAAGAUCCCGCUCAAGUUCAGCUCGCAUUACUUGUCGCGAGAUCACCCAACCUGCGAAAGUUCAUCAUGGGCGCCCUGCACAUAGAAACGGUGCCCGAUGAGCUCCCCAUAUGGCUUUAUCCUAUCAUCCAGGGUGUGCAAAGCAACUUAGUCAACGCCACACACGAUCCAGUCUAUGGCAACCUCCAGAUUAUCGACACAGACAUGCAGAAUGUCAUUACUCCUCUUGUAGGCCACCUUUUUGCUUUACCAAGUCUUCAAGUGGUUCGUCUGAACGCUAUGACGGAUUCAUACAAGCUGGCCGAAGAAAAUAUAAAAUGGCCAGUUCAGAAGCGGUCUUCGUCGGUCUCGACGCUCAUACUCUACGGCGUCGACAUCCCGUGUACAUGGACGAAGCUCAUGAUCACUUCCUGCAAGCAGCUAUCAAGAUUUGAGUAUGCCGGUUCGAAGUAUCACGGGUCAACACAUGUUUUACCGAACAUCAUGUCUGACCUUGAGCAACAGCAAGACUCGCUGCGGGUUUUGCACCUUGCUCCAGAAGAUGAUGACUGUUGGGAUGAGCCUGAUCUGACCCACGCGCGCAUCGAUGGUUUCCACCGAUUACAUGCCCUGGAAAACCUCUCUACAUCAUUUCCAGUACUCCUUGGUACACCGCCUAUGAACUAUACCGGCGAAGGAAAUUGGAAAUACCCUCGGAUGCGGGAUAUACUUCCCCAUAGGCUACAAGAGUUGUUUCUGUCUACAACGGCUACAAUGGUAUCCCACAACUACCAUGAUGGAUAUUGCGAUCUCUUCAAAAGCGCUCUUCUCCUACAAGCAAAUCGUCUAAACUUGAAGAAGAUCCGCGUAGCAUACUCAGACAUGAUCACAGGCGCUCAUUCGUUGCCCUUCAAUUUCUGGGACAUCAAGAACUCAUACGUUGCACAUGGAGUGGAGUUUGACUACUCUAUAUCCAUCAGCGCAGAUCGAGAUGAGCCGGGACUAUCUCUUACAGAUGCGCACAUCAACGAUAUGGUUUCCAUGCUCAAGAUUUACGGGCCGAAGGCAGUCGAAAUGGCUCAUCACUUCAGUGGUUUCGGAAGCCAAAUAGUGCAGAGAUUGCUAUCUGAACUAGGCUAUCCCACAGAUUGGAUAAGCAGCGAGGAAGGCCGGAAGUAUAUGUUCGCGUCGUGA